UGCGCACAGAGUACGUUCGCGGUCGUGCGAGAGUCCACAUGAGCCUGUUGCCAGUUAUUGAUCCUGACACGGUUAAACAACACUGCAUUGCUGUCAAGUACGAAAACAAUUCUAGUCACGAAGCGUUUGGAAAAACGCGUUCGUCAAUCGGUUACGCGGUAACGCGUGCGUCUUUAUUUCCACGAGGACACCGCGUUAUCGAGAUGUGCCGUGUCUCGUCGACGUCAUCGUUCUUCUGUCAAAAUGUAGAGGAGAUCCCCUAAGACUGAAAUAUCGAUGAGUGACAUUUGCCAUUGAUACGGGAAGAUGUCAUCGGUAGUUUUCCGUGAAAGAAUUAACACGUAGAUAGAACGUGACAGAAACUCUUUGCCGUUGCUAAAAUUUCUAUUUACGUUUUGUCGAUCGGACACGCCGAACCGAGAAACCACCCGAUACAUUUCGUUGCACGCACGGAACUUUAGGGAGAGUUGAAUUCGUGUCGCUGCUGCACAUGUGAUCCUUUAGGUGUUAUCUUCGGUCCGUAAUGAAGAAGUUCACAAUUAAAGGUGUGUUCGACGGGUUCCGAUCGUCGGUACCUCAGCCCGUCAAACCUGAUCAGGAAAUCGUCGAAAACUCACGGCCGGAACAUUUUCAAGCGAAGAAGACAUUCAGACAUGGCUUCCCGCAUCAGCCGACGGCGGUGGCGUUCGAUCCAGUUCAAAGGCUCCUCGCUAUUGGCACCAAAUCAGGAUCCCUUAGGAUUUUGGGUCGACCCGGUGUAGACGCGCACGUGAAACAUGAGGGAUGCUCGGCUGUGAUACAGUUACAGUUUCUGGUCAACGAAGGAGCUUUGGUUUCCGCGACUGCGGAUGACACCUUGCAUCUAUGGAAUUUCCGACAGAAGAUUCCACAAGUCGUGCAGAGUCUAAAAUUUCAGAGAGAAAGAAUAACCUGCAUUCACCUACCGCUGCAAAGUAAAUGGCUGUAUGUUGGCACGGAGCGAGGAAACAUCCACGUGCUCCACAUCGAGACGUUCGUUCUGUCCGGAUAUGUAAUUAAUUGGAACAAAGCUAUCGAAGUAUUUAGAAAGACCCAUCCUGGUGCUGUAGUACACUUGAGUGAUAAUCCUUUAGAUUUGAGCAAGAUGCUGAUAGGAUAUGAGUCGGGGCAAAUAGUUUUUUGGGAUUUGAAAACGAAGAACGCGGAUUACAGAUGCCAAAGCGAUGUACCGCUCAGAUCGAUAACAUGGCAUCACGAGGGUAAACAGUUCAUGUGUAGUCACACCGACGGCUCCCUGUCAACAUGGACGCUGCGCCAAGUGAAACCGACAAAUGUCACGCACCCCCACGCGAAAACGACUAAGGAUGGCGAACCGGAACCGUGCAAACCAAUUCAGAAAGUCGAGUGGAAGCUCUCUAGAUCGGGGGAAGCAUACGUCAUAUUUUCCGGCGGCUUGGCAUACGAUACAACUGGGCGAACCCCAAGCAUAACCGUUAUACACGGGAAAACCACUACUGUGUUAGAAAUGGAGCAUAACGUGAUAGACUUCAUAACAUUGUGCGAAAAUCCAUGGACGAGUGAUUAUCAGGAACCGUAUGCUGUCGUGGUUCUACUGCAAAACGACUUGGUUGUGAUAGAUUUAUUAACUUCCGGAUUUCCAUGUUUCGAAAAUCCAUACCCAAUGGACAUACACGAGUCACCGGUGACAUGUUGUGCAUACUUCGCGGACUGUCUAUCGGAUUUAGUACCUGCCUUUUAUUCAGUCGGAUCCAAGUCACAGAAAAAGACAGGGUUUAGCGAAAAGGACUGGCCGAUAUCUGGCGGGGAAUGGAGUUCGAGCUCAAGUAGUUAUAACGAAAUUAUUGUUACGGGGCACGCUGAUGGCAGUUUAAAAUUUUGGGACGCAUCAGCGGGUAGUUUACAAGUCCUUUAUAAAUUAAAGACAGCCAAACUUUUCGAGAAAGGUAGAACGCGUAGUAUAGACUCGGAGGAGGACCCAUUGGCGAUACAGCUGAUCUUUCUCUGUCCGGAAAGUCGGAAAUUAGCGGUCGCGGGAAGCGGGAAACACGUUGUUUUGUUUAAAUUCAAAAAAGUAGAGAGUAUGUCUGAAGUGGUGACAUUGGAGAUCUCGCUAACACCGGAUCAACCGAAAGAGGCGGAAAGCUCCUCCGACCACGACUCUCCGGCUGGUAAUACUUCAGGAAGUAGCGAAACUAAAAACUCUGAAUCGAAUCAACCGCUAAAAGUUAAGAGUGGUUUACAGAAGCGAGCUGCAGGCUUUCAGGCGACAUUGAUCUGCUUAACGGUUGCUCCCAGCGGUGAACAACCUGAGAAUAUAACAGCGCUUAGUUUGAACACUUCCUAUGGCUUAAUGGCUUACGGAAACGAGACUGGUUUGGUAGUAAUAGACAUCGUGCAGAAAAUAUCUUUGGUUGUGUUGAGCACGGCGGAUAUUGGUGGUAACUUAGACCCCUGUCAACGCGUGCUACGCAGCCCUAAGCGACAGGACGACUUGAAACGGGAAAACGAAGACAAAGCGAGGAGUCCUAGCACAGAUCAGACUCACCGAGACUCUACAGUGCCGUCUGAAGCCUUAUUAGCAAUGGUAGCCGAGAAUGCACAGCAAUCGCAACAACAGUGUCCAGCACGCGGUGAACAGCAAGCCGGCUGCAAUAACGAGAAACGUACCGCGGAGGAGCCAGCGAACGAAAUUAGCAAGCCGGCCGGCCAGCCGGCGAGCGAAGAGGAGUGCGCGAAAAACCACGGCUGGAAAGGAUUCAGCCUGAAGAGGCAGCUCAGCAAGGUCGAUCUGAAAAUAAAAAGUACUUUCUCGCCGGCUUUGGUGACGUCUCAGAAUGGGGUAGGCACCGAUAGUAGCAGUCAGAAAUCUUCGGUUUUUUACUGUAACGUGAACGAAUCCGCGAGUUCGUUGUCGCCGGUCGAGAGCGUGGACUCCGAGUCCCCGGUGUCGUCGGAGGGCUCGAUACCGGGCCGUGAUAGCCCGUCGAACGACGAGAAGAAACGAACGACGACGACGACGCAGUCGGUGCAGGAGGCGGCGAAGAGCCCGAUCGCCGAGCCGGAGAACACGAACAACAGCAGGCCGCCGCAGCGGGCCCAAAACGAGAACGUUCCGGCGGCGAAGCAACCGACGUCGGCCGCCAGGCCGGCGAACCUAACGUUGCCCGAGGCCGAGCCGAAACCGCCGAGGCUGAGGAAAAUCGUGAAGAUGAAACAAAUGAAACGGGAGGGUCGGUUGUUGUCCGUGCCGAAUAUAAAGCUACCGAAAAACGAUCCGACGAUAUGCGACCUCAGGUGCGAAGAGAACACCGCGGCCCCCGAAUCCUUCACCGGCAAUCUAAUAAGAAGAUUCAGUCGGGUAGACAAAUAUGACAGUUCGUUUCAACGGUCAAGGAGCUCGAGCAUGUCGUCACUCGAGAACAUCACCACCGAAACCAUCAGCUGCCUUACAUUCGCAGAUUCCUACACGAAGAAAACUGAUACCUGUCCGGUGCCAACGCUCUGGGUCGGCACAUCGUUAGGAUCCAUACAAACGGUGAUAUUUAACACGCCCGCUCGAGCAGACCGACACGCUCACCCAGUCGUUGUUUCUACAUGCAAUGGAUCUACCUUUAAGCUGAAGGGAUGCAUUUUGUCGAUAGCCUUCCUAGACUGCACCGGUUGCCUGAUCCCAUAUUCGUACGAGUCCUGGAAAGACGAUAGUGCCGAGGGCAAAGAUCGUAACAAGAACCAAGGUAAAUGUACAAAUACUCGGAUGUCACCGUCGAUGACUACCCAGGCAGCUGCAGGAGACGGCUUCGAGGAUCGUCAAUUCGUCGUAUUAGUGUCCGAGAAGCAGGCGAGGGUUUUGGCGUUACCAUCGCAAAACUGUCUGUACAGGCAGCAAUUGGCCGAAACUCACAUUGUGAUUAAAGCAGACAUAACCACUAUAAAGGAUAACGUUUGCCUGGUAUGCUACGUUUCGAAUGGUCACAUAGCCACGUAUAGUCUACCGAGUCUGAGGCCGCUGAUAGACGUCGAUUUCCUGCCUCUAAUAGAUUUAAGUUUUCAGACCACAAAACAUGGCAUUGUAGACCCCAUGUUGUCCAUAUGGGGUCACCAACUCUUUGUUAAUGGCGAUACCGAUCAGAUCGCAAAGACACUUUGCUUCAGCAAUAAAGGGCACGGCCUCUACCUGUCGUCGCCCACGGAGAUUCAGAAAUUUUCAGUAUCCAGCGAGUUCUGCGGCGAGUUAACCGAAAUGAUGGGAGACUUGUUCAUCGGCCACGACAUGCCUGAACCACCGAAAGAAAGCUUCUUCAAGGGCCUCUUCGGCGGAGGAUCGCGAAGUCUCGACAGAGAAGAACUAUUUGGCGAGUCCAGCGGACGAGCAUCCCGCACGGUGGCGAAACAUAUACCAGGACCGAACGCCGGCACGGAGGCGCUUCGCGAAAGAGUAACAACGGCGACCAGCGAGGUGAACAUGGCCCAUCAGAUGGUUUUGGAGCGUGGCGAGAAGCUCUCCCAGCUGGAGGAACGAACGGCCCGCAUGAUGAACGAGGCGGAGGGCUUCCAAACGUCCAGCCACACGUUGAUGCUCAAGUACAAAGACAAGAAAUGGUACCAGCUAUGAGAAUAUUGUUCGAAUUCAACCGAGAUCUGGAAUUGCGUACAGCUCUAUUGUAAUGUAGCGUUCACGUUUCACGUAUGAGCUUCGUCGUACUAAACGGGAAAGGAGAACAACAAGUCUUUCCGGCAACAAACAGAGCGGCGAAUGAGUCUGAGAAUUCGCGAGCGAGAGAGAGAGAGCGAGAGAGAGAGCGAGAGAGAGAGAGAGAGAGAGAACAAAUCGAUCAUAUUUGUGGACUUUGUACGCACAUACAGGAAACAUAUUACACGGGAUAAAAGAGUGAGAAUCGUGUGUGUAUGACUGUGUUUGCGCGCGGCGUGCGUGUCCUCUGUGUAUACGUGAAAGAGAGUGAAAGAGAGAAUAGAGAGAUCACACACGGGAAGAGAAGAAAGCGGAGCUAGGAGAAACAAGAAAUAAAAAAAAAAGAAGGAACAUAUUCAUGCGAUACCUUGUUACAAGCAGGGGUAUUAAUACACACGCACAUCUUUCAGCGAAGAACAUAAAGAAAAAAAAAAGUCGUACUUGUACACGUCUAAACACAAAUAAGAUUUAAGUAUAUAUAUACAUAUAUGCGCGAUCUUUCAGAAUGUGUAAUAAUCUCUAUAAAUAAAAUAUAAAUGAAUGAAUAAAUAAACAAAUCAACAAACAAACAAAUAAAUAAAUGAAUAAAUAAAUAUAUAUAUACACACGACGUGUAGCCCGAUGCAAAUGAAAUGGGUGUAUACGUUAACGUAUAGACCAACGUAACGAACAGACGACAACAACAACAACAACAACAAAAUGAAACGGAAGGAAAGUGGAAUGGCUGCGAUUAAAAUUAAAUGAAUUAUUAGCGCAUACAUAAAUUACGAUAAGAUUUAAGAGCGUAAGUACUUAGGCGGGAAUUAAGUGGAGGAUUCUACUACGUGCGAGUCAAUACAUACAAAAAUGAUGUAACAAUUCGCCUUUUAAACCUACGACUCUCGUUAAUCCAUUCGGACGUCCUGUCACGGUGAAACGUUCGCGCAAAAUGGCGCUUUGACCUCACCUGUUUUUCGUUUAAACAAAAAAAAACAGAAAAAAAGAAACACAGAGCGAGAGAGAGAGAGAGAGAGAGAGAGAGAGAGAGAGAGAGAAAGGGGAGAAAAGAGUAUAAAGAUCGAUGAUCCGCGUAAAAGAAUAACAUUGUCCGAACGACAAGACGAAAAGAGAAAGAAAAUAUCUGAGGAGAAGCGACGAUGAAGACGCGCAGCGACGUUAUUCCGAAUGUAUUGACAAUAAACGUAAUUAAUUAACCGAGGUAAUAGCGCAUUGAAUAAACGUUGAACGCAGUAAAAAAUAUAUAAUUUAUCCACGAUGCUGGACCAUCGGACUUCUACCAAGGCGUGUACGGUCGUGACUGUGCCGACGCACCGUCGAUAAAUCAUAUAUUAGUUGUUAUUAAUUGUAGUUGACCGCUAGAUAUGCUAUGUAUAUAAAAUAACAAAUGCAGUAGGAAAUAUUAUACGUCAAAAAGAGCUGUUUGUAUAAUAACAUGUUGUAAGUUA